AUGAGCCAGUUGAAUCACACAUUCAAAUGUGAUGACUGUAUGGUCAUCACCAUCCCGCUGGGGAGCCAGAAGGAAGCCCAAGACGGUCAGCUGAUGCCCGAGAGCUUCCAGUGUGUGUUCAAAGAUGCCUACAAAGUCUUCCUUUACCGAGGGAAACCCAGAUCACUUGGGGCGGCCCAAGCCGCUGCUGGUGUGUUCAUCUGCGGUCUCAGCGUGCUUCAAGAAUUCCCAAACUAUGGCUUACUUUUCUACGCACUUUCCAGCAUUUUGUUUCUCAUCUCUGGUGCGCUGUCCUACGCUUCGGCCUGCUCUCCAAACAUAUGCAUGGCGAAGCUGUCGUUCUUUCUGAACACCUUCUCUGUCUUCUGGUCGGUGGCGGCUAUCCCUCUCAGCCUUCACUAUUUCACUUUUUCAAAAGUUGACGUCAAGGUGGCCAACGGAAUCAGGUCACUGAUUGUAGCUCUCCUGGUUGGUGAAAUGGCAAUAUCCUCAGUCUUGAUCUACUGGCAGAGCAAAGCAGUAUGCAGACAACAAUACAACACUCUGCCCGUUGUGAUCCUGAGACAAGAAAACAAGAUGGAGCCUGACAAACCACCAGUUCCCCAGCGGCUAAAGCGUGUUUAA